AUGGCAGUUUCCGUGGCUACCAAGGCUGGCCUGCAAACUCUAUCCACCACCAUUCAGGACGCCCUACAAGAGGAGAUGGUGGGCAUCCAGACUGAAGUAGCCGCCCAAGCAGGCCACAUCCAGGCACUGGAGCAUUCGACUGAGGCCCAGUCUACCAGGAUUGCUGCAACAGACAUGGCAGUGUCCCGACAAGGUGAAAUGAUCCUAGCUAUGCAGAGACACCUGGAGGAACUGGAUAAUAGGGGCCGCGAGUGCAACAUCUGGAUACGAGGCAUAACGGAGGCUGAGGGAGGAGAGAAUGUGGAGGAGGUACUGUCGGGCCUAUUUCGGCUCCUGCUGCAGAAUGAAGCUCCCCAGCACUUUGAAUUCGAACGGGCCCACAGAGCCUUACGGCCACGCUCACUGGAGGAGGGGCCCAAUAUGCUGCCUGCAUUACUUUCCUGUCAAAGACGCCAUAAUGCAGUAGGCCCGGGAAUGUCCAACAUGGAGCUACCACGGGGCCCAGGUAUCCCUAUAUAA